AUGGCAUAUCAAGUCCAAUACGCCGAAGAAGGCGACGCACCCGGCCUCGCGCAAAUCAACACCCUCAGUUUCGAAGGCCGAGGCCUAUUACCGCAACUCUUCCCGGAGGCCACCCAGGAUGCCAUCCAAGCCUAUAAAUCCAUGUACACGAUGAAGCAUUUCGCCAAUCCCCAGAUGCAUGUCCUCAAGGUCAACGAUCCAAGCAGCGGGGCUACAGUAGGCUAUGCUCGAUGGCACAUUCCCGAAUCGCUAUCUCCGCGAACGAAUGUGCCCGUCUUGAGUGAAAAGGCUCAAGAAGCCGCGCGAGAUCCGGUUCAAUUUGCGCCCCGCCCGAUGAAUGAAGCACUCUUCGGAGCAUUUAGGACUUUACUAGAGGAAUCUCGCAAGAAGUACCUUACGGAGAAAGAUAUGAUGCUGGACUUGCUAGCCACUCUACCAACCCAUCAAGGGCGCGGAAUUGGGUCGACCCUUUUGCGAUGGGGGACAUCCAAGGCAGAUGAAUGGCAGGUACGCAUUUACUUGGAGGCCACGGGGGAGGGCUAUCCGGUAUAUGUCAAGCAUGGAUGGAGGCCCGUUGAAGAGGUGCAUCUUGAUCGGGAGAAGCCGUUGACCUAUUUGGGUGAGGAAGUUUCGGAUCGUUUCGACAUUAUUGGUCUUGGUCUCCGUGGUAUUGGCAUAAGUUCUCCCAUCAAAUGCGAUCCCGAAUACGAAAACCAGCGUGUAUCUCUCUGGCCGUCCAACCAGACAGAACUUGACGCUUUGAUCAACAAGUAUGCAAACUUCGGAGAGAUUUGUCCUAAUAUGACUGGACCCUUGGUGGAACACAUGGAUCCGGUCAGCGCUGCCAAGGACAUUGAAGCAAUCCGCCAGGGAUUCGGCGACGAAAAGUUGAACUAUCUUGGCCUGUCGUACGGGAACUUGAUAGGUCAGACAUACGCCGAAAAUUUUCCCCAGAACAUCCGUACGUUGGUUCUCGAUGGAAACAUGGACCACAGCACCGAUCUUAUUUCAUACCUUACCGUCAAAUCAUCCACCUAUGAAAGCGAGCUGAAACUCGGUGAAGCCCUGUAUGCUGCCACCAAGGGAGAUCCAUCUGGACUUUCCGACACACUGGCCUUCAGUUCUUCGUCGACAUCUUUCCAGGGUCAGCCCGUCAGUCACCUUGACUGGGACCACCCCGAGGCUUCUCUUGUCGGUCUCCAGUACCAGGACGAACUCGCCGGCACCAUGUUGCCACAUGUCAAGACUGGCGAUGAUGGAUAG